UAAAAAUCGUCUUAUAAAAUUAAAAAAACAUGUAUAAAAAAGUUAUUUUAUAUGAGUUUUUCUUAUAUUGGCAAUUAAGUCAAGUUAUAAAUGUAUAUUGUGAUUCUCAAAGUAAAAAAUUUAAAAAAUAUCUUAUCAACUCAUUAAACCACAUUCGUGUUCAAAAUGGAUGGGACUUAAUUCAAGAAACAGAAAUUAAACUUGAGCACUUCACAAUUAACACCAUAAGCAUCACAAGUGAAAUUAUCGAUGAAACUAACUUUAUACAAAAACUCUACUUUAUAACUUGUCUCUUAAAUUGUGAAUUUACUAAUAUAUUGCAAACUUUCAAUGCAAUGUUAGGCCUUAUUUUAAAUAAGUGUGAAGUGACUGUUUUAAACAAUCAAUGUACUGAAUUAAAAUAUUGCACAAAUCUUAUUAUUAAUAUAUUUAAAUGUUCAGUAAAUAUGUUUCAAAAUAUGUUGAAAACAGCAAAAUAUCUCGACAAAAUUGAUCUACGAAUUAUAGACUCGCAUACUUUUAAUAUUAAAACUGUAGAUUCUGAAAUAAAUUUUUUUUACACACACGCAUUAGAGUUAAUCAAUGACUCAUUAGUUAAUUUAUAUAGUAUUGAAAGAUGGGUAAAUAUUUAUGAAAAUAUAAAAGAUUUCAAUAGAAAAGCUGAAUUAGUGACAACAAAUCUUUACAAAAUUAGAAAAGUGUGUGGGGCAGAAUAUAAAAGUUCUAUUUUAAUCAAUUUAAUUAUGAAAUAUAAUAUCGAUCAAAUGGAAAAGCUGGUAGAGGAUUCCUACGAUUAUAUUAAUGAUAUUUAUAAAGAUCUUGAAUUAUAUAUUUUGGAUAGAACUGAAAACUGUUACUCAAAACUAGGCUUUGAACAAUUAAUUGGAACAAAUACGUUCAAGUAUAUUUAUUUCAAAAGUAAGAAGUAUUGCAAUAAGGAAGGUAUUGAUUUGUGUAAUCAUUUUAUAUCUCACACUGGUUGGAUGUCAUGGGAACAUAUAGCUGUUGAAACUGAAUCUACAAAAGGAAUACCACUGUAUUUUAAAGAUAUUUUACAAAUGGUUGAUAUGAAUAAUUAUAAUUUCAUGCAGUCAUAUCUUGCACUUAUUUUAAGAUGUCGCUAUAUUGAAAUAUUCAAUAAUUUUAAUGUAAUGUUGGGACAUAUAAUUAAUGCUUGUAAAUAUGAAAAUAAAAUUAAUUGUGCAAUUAAGCUUUAUGAAACACUUAUGUCAUCCGAUGAUAUGUUUAUUAAAAUGUUAUUUGCUCUCAUUACUUUGAGACACUACUCAAAAGAUAAACAAUAUAUACGCCAAGAAUUAUUAACAGAAAAAGUGAUAGAGUUUUUUAUUGAUUUUCUUUAUGAUAUUAGAAAAAAGUAUUUUUCCACAUUGUUAUUUAUUAAUGAUGGAAUUUAUGAAGCUCAAUCGUUUCUUGAAGACGUAGAUCACGUUUAUACUUUAAUUUUACAGAGGAAAUUUUAUGACGUAAUUCAAUAUAACAUGAAAUAUUGCAAAAUUAUGAAAUGUGAAACAGAUAUAAUUACAACAUUUGAACAAUUGAUUCAAACCAAUACCUUAACAGAAUAUAGUACUCUUCAUGUUAUGUGUGAUUAUUUAGAAACAUUUUUUCUAAACGUUGUGAAAAAUGAUUAUGAGUAUUUAGGUUUCAAUGAUUUGCCUAGUAAACUUUGAUUUUUUAUUGAAGACUUAAUAAAAUAUUGGAUAAAUGUUAUUAUAAAAUAAUUAUUUUUUCCUAAAAAUAUUUGUAAUACGACAAAAAGUUUUCUUUUUUGUAUAUUUGUAUAUUAUGGUAAUAUUUUACUUUGGUUGAGCCGAUUUUGGGACGUAUAACUGUCGUGCUUUAUCGGUAAUUCUGUGCUUGAUGUUCGGUGGAUACCCUAAGACGUUAAUCUUAUUUUCUAAUUCCAAAAUUUGUAGUCAUAAUAAUAUUUUAGCUUCGUUGCGAAGCUGAAAUAUAUUAGUUUUACUAUGAUUUUUAUCACUAUCAGAUUAAAUCUAUACUUGACCUACCUAUGCUGCGAUCCCACUUUGCUAGGUUUUUUUUUAUUUCUAUUUUUUUUUUUUGUGUGUCUGUUACCAUAUAUUCUCAACUAUCACUGAACCAAUUUCUUUCUGCGAUAAGUCAAAAGAUUACAAAUCUAUUAAAAGUAAUUACCCUCAAAAAUUGAUAAAAUAAAUUAUGAUUUAUUUUUAUUAUGAUUGUUUUUAAUUUUGCUUUUUUUUAAUCAGACUUGUUCAUUUUUAAUUUUAGUGUUUUUGCACUAUUGAGUGAUACAUUUGUAUCAUAUACUUCAUUAAUAACAAAUUCUUUGCAAAUUGUAACUUUUAAUUAAAUCAGUGGUAUGUAUACUAGUUUUAUGAAUCGUGUUUUUCUGUUUCUAUAUCUAUUAAAGAAUUUUUUAUUUUUUAAAUUUUUUCUAUACCCGUGUGUCUUUAAACCAACAACCUUCUAUUGAAUGAAAACGAACAGUAGUAUAUAAAUAGCCGGUACGGGCCUUCAAAGGUGCCGACAAUGACGUCAUGUAUUGUUCUUGAGGAACAAUGGGUGCACAGGUGAGAUGCAGUCCGCCCUGGAGACGUCACACCUAACCUACCAUAACCCCCCUGACCCCGACGCCUGUUGGGAACUGUAUCCAGGUGAAAUCAAGUGCAGUUUCUGACGUUAUCCCCCUAGCUGACGUUACACUUGAUCUUUGACCUAAGGUAAGCCCUAUGUUGGGCCAUAGCUGAUGACACACCCAAACUUUGAUAUAAGGUAUGCCCUAUGACGUCAC